UUUUAUUAACCGUAUUUGAGACAAGAGAAAGGCAGAGAAUGGAGCACAACUACCUGCUAUAAAGAAAGUUCUUUCUCUCCAGUCUCCCAAGCACUGCCUUUGAUGUAUGGCAACAGAUCACUGAUCAGAUUACAGGCACUGCUCGUCUCCCUUUGAUCUGUGUGCUUAAUUUUAUUUUCCUGGAUUUGAAUUCUGCCUGGGCUUGUGCUGACAUACUUUUUUUUUUUUUUUUGAAGGAGAUGAAGGCAUUUAAUGCAGAAGCUCUGGCAGAGUGAAAUUCAGUUGCAGAAAGGGUGGCUAUUGGAUAAACAACAGCAUACAUCAGACAAACACUGUAAUUUGUGAAACUGGAGACUGUAGAGAGCAAGAGUUCAGGGAUCAUGAUGGAAACUGUGUGCUAUGCAAACAAUGUGGAUCUGGCAUGGAACUGUCUAAGGAAUGCGGCUUUGGAUAUGGUGAGGAUGCCCAGUGCAUGACAUGCAGACCAAACAGAUUCAAGGAGGACAGAGGCUUUCAGAAGUGCAAACCAUGUUUGGACUGCGCUCUAAUAAAUCGAUUUCAGAAAGCCAAUUGUUCUGCUACCAGCAAUGCUGUUUGUGGAGACUGCUUACCAGGAUUCUAUAGAAAAACCAAGCUUGGGGGCUUUCAGGAUAUGGAAUGUGUUCCUUGUGGUGACCCUCCACCUCCUUAUGAACCUCACUGCACUACAAAAGUGAAUCUGGUGAAAAUUCCAUCAACUGCUUCCAGUCCACGAGAUACUGCUUUAGCUGCUGUGAUAUGCAGCGCACUGGCAACUGUACUGUUAGCGCUCCUCAUCCUUUGUGUUAUCUAUUGUAAAAGGCAAUUCAUGGAAAAGAAGCCAAGCUGGUCUGUGAGAUCACAGGAUAUUCACUAUGAAGGCUCUGAGCUUUCAUGUUUUGACAGACCACAACUUAAUGUGUAUGCUCAUAGAACAUGCUGCCAGUGUCAGCGGGACCCAUCACAGAUAUGUCGACCAGUGCAUUUGAUUCCAUCCCUGUGCUGUGAUGAGACAUGUAGCCUGGAACACAGCUGCUAUAGCUGCCCUUUUCACUCUCGGAAUACACUUCAUGAAAGGAAUUCUAAUUCUGUUGGGGAAAUGAUUCCAGCAUUCCUCGGUUCUCUUUCACAUUCAACCUGUGGAGAUCUUUCAGAUGCCUGGCCUCUUAUCCAAAAUCCAGCUUGCUGUGAUAGUAUUUCUUUCUGUGAGUCAUACCCUGAGCUAACAGGAGAAGAUGAAAAUUCUUUCAGCCUAGAGACUGAAAAAACAGCCAUUGUGGAUUCAGAUAACGAACAGGAUUUAAGGGUAUUCAUGUCUACAAAGUCUCAUUUUGGAAGCUUGACAGAAUCAACUGAACUUUCCAGUAAGAGUCCUUCCAGUAUCACUGCUUCAUUAAACCAGUUCUUAACUGCUGAACCACUGUCAACAACAGAGCUUGACAAAACAGUUAGUGAUUCUAUAAAUUGAUGGCCAGGAAUCUAAAGGACCUUUCUUGGCAGCCUUUAAACUGAAUGCUUCCCAACGUGCUUCUCUUUGAAUGCUUGUGGAUGGAAUGUGGCCUGGAUCUCGAUGUUACAAGGUUUCAGAAACAGCUGAACUAAAUUGGCAGCAUUUCAAAGCUCUCUCAGGCAGUUGCAUUUGAAAUACAGCAGCUGUAUGAGAAAACUUCAAGGAGCAGCUUGGUAAAAGACCAAAGGCAGAUCCAUGCUACUCUGUCUCUUUUCUGAACAGCAAGCUUCUGUGUCUCAUUGACACAAGGAAAGUUUGGUGGACUGAUCUUACUGCUAAGCAGAUUAUGUAAAUAUAAAGAGCAAUAGAAUUUUGUGUAUGUGUGUGUGUGGCUACUAAUAGCAGGUGUUUGUCCAUUUUUCUGUUAGCAAAAGGAAGCAUUUAACAGGAUUUUCAACAAGCUGUACUGAGUCAAUACAUAAUAGGCCAAAUAUACAACAGUAAAAAGAAUCU